AGGGCAUUGGGAAGGAGGGCACAGGCAGAAAGUCAAGUGAAGAGAAACUUCUUCAGAUAUGAGCUGUACUCUCCAAACAGUUUUUUAGUUAUUUUCACAAUAACUUUUAAAAAAAUUGUGCUUCUAAUCUUUUAAAUAAUUAAGGGUUUUUUGUUUGUUGUGUUGUGGUUUUUAUUUAUUUAUUUAUUUAUUUAUUUAUUUUAAACUUCAAUAAUGAAACUGAGUGUGGGGAUAUUUUUUGGAGGCUUCUUUGCAGCUCUAGGGGUUUUGCUUUUUUUGGUGGCAUUUGGAACUGAUUAUUGGCUUCUUGCUACAGAAAUAGGAACUUGUUCAGAAGUACCUGAAAGUGCUGGGGGAGAGAAGGCCACUUUCCAUCAUGAAGGUUUGUUCUGGAGGUGCUGGUUUAGUGGAAAUGUAGGAGAUAAUAAUGCCAGCAUGUGGAAAUUUUGGUAUAGUAACCAACCAGUCACCUCUAAGAACUGUACUCACGCUUACCUGUCCCCAUUUCCUCUUCUCCGAGAUGAGCACAACUCAACCUCCUAUGACUCUGCAGUCAUUUAUCGAGGUUUCUGGUCAGUUCUUAUGCUCCUGGGAGUGCUCACUGUUGUGGUGGCUAGUUUCCUCAUCAUCUGUGCAGCUCCUUUUGCCAGUCACAUUCUAUACAAAACAGGAGGAGGCUUUUUCAUCAUUGCUGGUGUCCUGUUUUCACUGGUAGUCGUGAUGUAUGUCAUCUGGGUCCAGGCCAUGGCUGAUCUGGAAAACUACACACACAUGAAAAAGAUGGAUUGCCCAGACUUUGCUGUUUAUGUGCGUUAUGGCUGGUCAUUUAUGCUGGCUCCUAUAGGAGUAUUUUUUUCUUUAUUAGCAGGAAUGCUGUUCUUGUUGGUAGGGCGUGCCAUUUAUUUACACUCAGACUAGUCAGACCCUGCUGAAGGGAAUACAGCAAUACCUGAGAAUCCUUGUGACAAGUGUAAACUGGAACACAAUUUUGUACUUUAUUACCGUUAUGGCAAUCCUAAGUAUGCAGGCAGACUUCUGGAAUUUCUUCUAUUACUUGUUUAAGGGUAAAGGACACAAAAUUCAAUACAAGAAGAAACCACCUUUAGACCCAACUAGUUGUUUUUAAUCCUGUAGAAAACACACUUGUGGUUCUUCAUAUUUUACUAUUAGCAGCAUUUUUGUAGGUUAAUGAACAGAAGAAGACAAAAAUUUUCUGCAAGUAAAACAUGAACAUGAAUUGUCUCAAAUCAACAUUUUAUACAUUUAUCUUUUAGCAUUGACACUGUACAUCUGCUUAUAGAGAAUGGCACAAAGUAGAGGAGAAGGCAAAUAUUCAAACACAGUAAUUCAGUCUACCUCCUCUCCUGUUUUCCAGUACUUGCCUUAGCUUUAAUGGCAGCAAACAUAUCUGCACUUCAUAAAAAUAGAGUGCAGUUGUUCAUGCAGCAUCCAUAGGAAGAGGACGAGGGAGAAGACAAUUGCCAUGAAUGUGUAAAAGCUUAACUGUUCUAUUACCAUUUCUCUUUUCUGUAUGCAUAUGAAAGCUGUAUACUUAUGUAUUCUGAAAUCCAUGUGUUGCAUGAUUCUGUAAGCCAAAAUGCCAUAGUACAAUCGCUAUCUGAAGUUGUGCCAGAAUUGUAUUUUGAAUUAUAGCAUUAAUAUUUUAAUUAAGUUUUAACCCUUUUAUUUUUCAGUGGAACAAUUGACUCCUCUAACAAAUAUUUUCAUGGUUGUGUAAAAAUAAUUUUUUUCUUAAAAAAGGUUUAUUAUCAAGACAAUAUCUAGGACAUGAAAAUGUGUGUCUUAUGCAGCCUUCAUUUUCCCACAUAUUAAAAAUCUGCAUUAUAGACCAAAUCAAACUUGCCUACUAGGCUUGCUAGGGAAAGCAAUGAGCCCAACUAAGGCAGCAGGGGAGAUGGAUUUGGUUCUGCAUUGUAGGAGUGGCUGGUUCUGUGUGUGUGUGUUUGUGUUCAUGCACAUCUGUGUGGAAGAUGGGGUAAGGAUGAGACUGUAUGCACGGUAUGGAAAAGAUAGGGUUGAGUUUUAACAAUGGUGAAACUUUGGCAUUGGGCCCAAAUAGAAAUUAAAUCCAUCUGAGAGUGUGCUGGUUUUCACUUUGUAACUCAAUGCAGAAUAGUUUGGGGCUGAUGGGGAAAAGUAAAGGCUGCAUGUCGGUUUGUUCUCGUUCAUAAUGCUUAAUUCCACAGCUGUUAUGAAUACUGAAAGCAUUGCUAAAAGGCAGGAAAGGAAUGCCCACAGAGAAGAUGUGGUGGGCCAGAUUGGAUGUUACUUCCAUUUUGGGAAGUUUUAUGAUUGGAAGCUUUCCAGCCUUUCCUGCUACUUAUUUAUUUUUCCCUCAUCAAGAUUAGUGUUAUACAUUAUAGAACAGGAAGACAACAAGAGUGGGAGGUAGGAAAGCU